AUGAAUAACUAGUAGAAGUAGCAAUAAUAAGAUCAAUAUUUCUCUCUUUUCGCUUAUCUCUUGAAAGAUAAUAAUGAUCUAUAUGAGGCUUUAAUUGAAGGACUCAGUUAAAUUAAAAUUUAAAAGUAAUAUUAAUAUGAUAACUUUAGACCAAAAGAUGAAGUAUAAUUUCUAGGAAAUUUUCUUAUCAAUAAGUCUAAAGAAAUGGAAAAGUGA